AUGAGGAUACGUAACCUCUUGGUGAAAGCGAGGUUUCAGAAACGGGGAUACACCAACCCCGUCUCCGUGCGCCUGCGUCUGCCAGCCUCCUGCGAUCUCUCCGCUCUGCUCGCCCGCCUCAUUGCUCACCUGGGUUGCCACCCGGCCAUCACUCCCUCGCUCAACUCGUCCCUGCCUGGGAGUGCGGUGGAGAAAAAGGCAUCGACAGUGGAUGACGUGGGGGAUAUGGUGGGGGCCGGCGGCAUGGCGGUGUACGCAUGGGACAGCCCUGUGGCUCGCCAGAUGGUGCUCAUGCCACUGCUCCCGCACGCGCACCUGCCCGCACAAGCACACGUAGGCACAGAGACCAAGAAGAGGGUUGAGGAAGGUGAAGCGGAGGCAGGGGCUCAUUUGGAAUCUCAGGUGGAUCCUCAGGGGGAUUCAACAGAGCCGGUGGUGGUGGCUGGUGGUGGGGCAGUGAAGGUGCUGCUGUUCGAGCCGCUUGUGGGCCCUGGCACUCCGGAGAUCGAGUUUCUCAAGCCAGGCGCAUUCACACCUGCUGAGCUGGACAUCAUAGUCAGCACCGUCCAAUCAGCAAUUGACAGCUCAGCGCCCUUCCGGCCUCAGCAGCAGGCUGGUUCAGGUGCUAGCAGCCGCAGUGGUAGUGGCAUUGGUGGUGGCCGUGCCAACAGAAGUGGCUCUCUGUUGCCAUCUCCUGAUAGAUUUCCUGAGAGGGCUCCUGAGAGAAACACAAGUAGCAAGAGCUUGAGUGGUGGUUACAGCAGUGGUGGUUACAGCAGCGGUGGUUACAGCAGCGGGCACAGCGAUGGUAGGAGCUACUAUGGUGGUGACAGUGGUGGUGGUGGUUACAGCAGCAGGGGUGCCAUUGGCAGUGGUGGUAGAAGUGGUACUGGUGGUGGUGGGGGGGAGGGGCACACAGGCAUGUCCCAGGCAAUUGCUGAGAAGCUUCAGCGCAUGGGAGUGAUGGUGUACGCUCCUGGGGUAGCGGAGGAAGGUGGGAGGGGAGAGGGGGAGUGGGAGGAGGGGGAGGAGGAGGAGGAGGAGGAGGAGGAGGAAGGGGAGGAGGAGAAAAAGGGGGAUGAGAGGAGGUGGAUGGAUUGGGGCAACCUGGUUGGAUAUGACGAGCAGAAACGCGAGAUAGAGGAUACGGUGCUGCUGGCACUGCUCCGCCCUGACGUCUACGACAGCAUUGCCAGGGCCACACGCACUCACUUUGAGUCCAACCGCCCACGUGCCGUGCUGUUUGACGGGCCACCAGGCACUGGGAAGACAUCAUGUGCGAGAGCCAUGGCCAAACGAGCGAGCGUGCCUCUGGUGUACGUGCCCCUCGAGUCUGUUGCAUCCAAGUACUAUGGGGAGAGCGAGCGGCAGCUGUCGACCGUGUUUGCGCUGGCCAAUCAGCUGCACCCAGGUGGCGCAAUCGUGUUUCUUGAUGAGGUCGAUGCAUUGGCAACAGCGAGGGACAGUGACAUGCAUGAAGCGACACGGCGAGUCCUGUCCGUGCUGCUCAGAGAGAUGGAUGGGUUUGAGCGCGAUCGGGGCAUCGUGGUCAUAGCCGCGACUAACAGAAAGGAGGACCUCGACCCGGCUCUCAUCAGUCGCUUUGAUGCCGCCAUCACAUUCUCCCUCCCGGACGCACACACUCGUCCGCUGAUCAUCGCUCAAUACGCUCGCCACCUCACACCGGGGGACAGGGAACUCCUUGCACAGGCGUGCAACAACAUGUCUGGGAGAGAUAUCCGCGAUGUUUGUGAGCAAACAGAGCGGCAUUGGGCUUCCAAGCUGAUUAGAAAGAGAAGAGGGGACUCGAAGGAUCAAGCAAGUCUACCGGGUGUAUCCUUGUAUCUGGAAUCUGCUGCUCAAAGACGGAAAGCAAUGGUGUGA